UAAAUUAUUAUUUUUUUUAAUUGUUAUAUAGCUAUAAUGUAAUGCUAAUUAUGUUAUAAAUAUAUAAAUUUUUAAAAUUUUUUAAAUUUUUAAAAUUGUAUACAUUAAGUAUAAUAUAUGGUAAAAACCAGUAUUGAUAUAUAUUCAUAUAUUAUAUUAUCUUUAUUAUUAUUCUUGUCAAUUAAAUACAUUAACAAACAUUGACUACAACUAGAUCAUAAUCCGAUUUUGGAUUCCAAAUAAUCUCUUAAACAAAUAAAAUCAUAUUUCUUACUAAGCGCCAUUUUAAUUCGAAGUCAACUAAAAUUCGAAAUAUAUGCAGAUUAGAAUGGGUGGAGUCCUUUUCAAUUUUUCUGUGCAUAUAUCUGUCGAGAAUUAUAUUGUUAACACCAUUGAAUUAAAAAGAAAAACAAAAAUAUAAUCUGUAUUAAAUAUUCAGUCGACUGAAUAAUCGUCAGUUUAACCUCCUAAUAAAUUAUAAGAUUUUAUCCAUAUUCAGUAAAACUGAAGAGUAGUUCGUUAACAGCAUUUUCUCGAGUGUAAAGUGGACCUCUCGUUGCGAAGAGUGGGUAUGGAACGAGUGCGCGCGCGUAUUAUCGUCAUCUUUUUUCUCGACUCUUUUCUCCUCUCUUUUUCUCUUAUUCACUCGAUCAGUGUGUUCGCGCUCAAGUCCCGGUCGCUGACUACGUGUCCCCCUAGGGCAACCGCCUAUGCGCAUGCGCAGCUUUGCGAUUAUGACGUCAUGCAGCAUGACGCCACAACUCCCGAUUGGCGGAGCGCGUCGUAGCCGUCGUUGUGUCGUCGUCGUCGCGUUGUCGAAUAGUAGAAGGUAAAGCGGGGCAAGGAAAAGGGAAGGAUCGGUGAGGGGGAAGAGAGCGACACCCGUAGCUCCGCUUUACCGCCGCAUUCUCGAGCGUUCGUCUCCGUUCGUCUCCUCGUACGGCAAGCAAGCGAGCGAAUGCACGUCGUCGUGUCGCGCGCAUACCAUUAUUUCGUGUCUCGUGUUCAACCUAGAAUACGGUUUCUCUUGUAUACGUAUCAACAGCAUACAUCUGUGGUAUUAAUGACGCUUAGUCGUUAGUCAGUUUUCGAUGAACGUUUAUUGCUAGAGUAAGUGUGGUAAAAAUAUCUGGCGUCCGAGUAACGUGUUCUUCUUUUUCUUUGCUCCGCCUUUACGGCGCGUCGCUCACUUCGAGCGCUAGAACGUGUUUGCUAAAAUUUCGGUGCUCGAUAAUUUUCAAACUAUUGAACAUCAUUUUUUGUGGCGUUACGAUAUAAUCUAUUGUAAUUACGAUACAAAGUGAAAAAGAAACGUGAAAGACGUAAUGGGAAUAUAUUGAGUGAUUUUUCGAGAGUGAAAUUGAUUUUACGUAGUGUUUAUUUUGCGGAGACUAGGACAGUCUCUCAUAACAAAUAUGCUAUAAAACCGUUAUCGUGCAUCCAAAAAGUGCAUAAAGGAUAUACAGAAACAGAAUAAUAGACGUGAAAAAGUGAAUGUGAGUGAUACGUUAAUACGUUGUGACAACGACGACGACUCGGCGGAAUAUUCGUGGACGAAGAAAUCGACCAAAAUGAUGGGGAAGAGAACGCAGUGCUACUUGUGCGAUCUGCCUAGAAUGCCCUGGGCAAUGAUCACGGAAUUUUCGGAACCCGUGUGCCGUGGUUGUGUGAAUUAUGAGGGUGCCGACAGAAUAGAUGCAGUAUUGGAAUCGGCUAAGCAAAUGAAAAAAGCACACGGUUUCCAUGAAGCUAGAUCUUCUACAUCAAAAGCUUAUAGAACAUCCGGACAUACUGAACAUAACGGAGGUGCUAAUUUGGACGUUCUACCAAUACAAAAUACUGGUCAAAACCAUUCAAGGCAUCACAAUAUUGCUAGUUAUUCGCAGCUUCAUCAUCGAAACUCCAUUACCGAAUUCAAUUCAGGUACAUCAAGGCAGCAAAUCUCUCGGCAACAUGAGGAAACUCAUGAGAUUGCAAAUGGCAUGAGGAGUAAUAACGUGAGAAUCCCAAACGCCCACCUAGCUGCAGUGGCGCAUCACGUGAAUCUUAGCCACAACAGAGGUAUCGCACAACUCAAACGAAGUAUUUCCACAAUCGAUGAGGAUGAGCAUGCUGAGAAAAGACUUUCGUUGGAAGAACAGCAUUCGGUUAGGCCACCAUUGACCAGAGGUGAUUCCUUGCCAGCUGUAAGUCUUGCCGUCAGUUAUGUACAAGAUAGAAGCAAAGAGAAACAUCCUGUGAGAGCACCCAGCUUCGAGACCGCCACUUCAUUCAAGGCCAAUGGAGCAUAUGUUGGUCCAUCUAUUCCAUUAGCACCAGCAAAUGUAGCGGCAAAUGGUGGAGGGUCUCCUCUUCGUCCACGAACUAGCCCUCCACCACCACCGCCACCAACACAAGAAACCACUAAUGAUAAUCCACAGACGAAUCAUCACCAGGGUACAACAAACGGCCCAUCUCCAAUGGCCGCGCUCAUGUCUGUUGCUGAUAAUUUAGCAUCACCAGAAUCAGUGCCACAACCACCAAAUAAUCCAAGUCCAACUAGCAGAAGCCCACCGACUACGGCUACAAAUGCUCAACAACGCAGUGCCUCCAGAGGGUCGCAGCAUAGCCCGAAUAGUUCAGCAUCGUCGGGUAGGAGGUCCAGCGGUUCAAGACACGUAUCGUCAACGACUGUAACAACAUCAUCAGAGGGAGCAGUUGCUCAGGUUGCUGGAGCUGAACAAGUCUCUGCACCAAUAUUAAAAUGCACUUUAUGUCAAGAACGCCUCGAGGACACACAUUUCGUUCAGUGUCCCAGCGUACCACAUCACAAAUUUUGUUUCCCAUGCAGCCGAGAAAGCAUAAAGAGACAGGGUGCUGGAUCAGAGGUUUAUUGCCCAAGUGGCGAAAAGUGUCCACUGGCGAACAGCCAAGUGCCAUGGGCGUUUAUGCAAGGCGAGAUAGCCACUAUCUUGGGUGACGAUACCACCGGUUCUGGGCUUAAAGUAAAGAAAGAAAGAGAAACUUAAAGAUUCUCAUACUGUUUUAAAACUGGGCUCAAAUUUUGCACCCUCUUUGACGAGGGUUAAUUAUGGUGGAACCGUGAAGGUUUAACCAAAAAAUACUUUUGGUAAAGGUGAUAAAUGUUGGCGGCGAUAUUGCCAACAUUAUUCGAUUCGAGCCAAAGACGUUGUCGGUGCAAAUUGGAAUUAAUAAAGAAGUUGUUGAUGUUGUUGUCGGGGAAAGUGGACGAUUUUUUUCAGCGAUUUGUUUCGCUGAAUGUUCUUUUCACCGAGACAACAGACUGUUUCGAUCGAUCAAUCGUUCGUUUGAUCAAUUGUUUUUGACUGGUUUUGAGAAGAAGUCUUUGGCAUUUUUUGACAUACUGGAGUCGGUUCUGCAUACGUGUAUAUAUGGGAUUAUCAUAGGACGGUUAAUGCGCGAAGAAGUAAAAAAAAAAAAAAAAAAUACGUGGUUUCUAUCGAAUAUAUACAAAUUAACGUAGAAGAAAUCACGGGAGAGAUUUUGUGUCCGGUUUAGGUUUGUACUUAGGCUCAAUCGCCUUUCUUUAUUGUUUCUUGUGUCGCGAUAUUUUCGCGUUUUUUGAAGUACAACACACACACAAAGGAUGUACACUGUACACACAAUGUAUACACAUACAAGCAUGAUUUGUUGCGUACACAUACACAAAUUACUAAAUACACAAAUACAUAUACACAUACAUAACAUGAAAUACAUAACAUGAUUAACUAUUAAAAUUAGGCGGUUGUAUUGUACUUUAUUUUUAUUCACGCUAUACCGUGAUCGCGGAUUAACCGGAGUCGGAAAUAUCGUGCUUCGGUAUUCUAAAGUCCGUCGAGAAAAUCUCUGACGGAUAUCCUUUUCUAAUCUUUCAUUUGUAUACUCUUUCUACUAUUACCACACACUCGUUGUAUAAUAGAAACAUAAAAACAUGGCGACAUAUUUAGACCCGGCGUAUGGGUUUUCUGUACAUUAUGUAUAUGUGUACAUACCACAUUAUUAAUAAAACUUAUGGACUAAAGAGGAAUAACCAUUUUUAAAUGUACAAAAGAAAAAUUUACAUUCGUUUUGCGUGUUAUUCUUAUUAAAUUAUUUUUCUUUUUUUUUCUUCUUUCUUCUCGAAUUAUUAUAAACGAAAAAUCGUAUAUCUAAAAAUAUUUUACAAAAUAUUUGAGCGCAUUUUGUUUUUGUUUUUUCUUUUCAUUCUUUCUCGUUUGCGAAAAAUUACGAAAUCUUUUUUUAAGAUUUGUCUGAUGGUAUCUAAAAAAGAAAAAAAAAAUAUACGAGAGAGGAGAGAAGGAUUUGGAAAAGGAGGGGUGGGUAUCGUUCUUAUCCAGUCAUUCAUAAUAAAAAAAAAAAUCGGUAUCCGAUUAUGUAACGUCCACUUUCGCCUUUAGUUAUUUGCUAGACUUUAAGUGAGAGGGCCUUUUGGUUUUUCAUUUUGCUGAUGAAAAAGAUGACGCCCGUCAAAUAGGAACCAUACACUCGCUAUUGUCUCUAAAAACGUAAAAGAAAAAAAAAAACGAUAAAAAAAUGAAGAAAUGAAAAGUGAAACAAAGCGGAAAAAAGGGGAAUGGAAAGAAACGAAAUGAGAAACCGAAAAAACGUAAGCAAGCAUAUAUAUAUCUUGGUAUCUAACUGGUGUCCGAGAAUUUUUAUCAUAAGUUUUGUCUGCUCCGAAUAAGAGCAUUUCUCGGACACGAGCAUGACUCCUUUUUGUAUAUAUUUGUACAAAACGGAUAUUGGCACAAUAGACGAAGAACAGAGUGACGAAAUGGCGCGAGAUCGAAAAUUGCAAAAUUGCAAUUGAUCACGCGUUGCGUGGCUCAGGUUCUAAUCAAAGACGCUUCGUACUAUUAGACUCUGAUUUCCGGUGGAACUUGACGAACUCAUCGUUUCUGUUGGUCAACGGCGCUCUUUUUUCGAAUCACAUGUUGCUUCGAUACUCAUUCGAGAAUUUAUCGAAGCAGCCUGUGUGUAGAGGCUAUCUGCGUUAGCGUAAGCAAACUUAUUGUAACGAAGUAGGAGUGCAAAAUUGAUAAAAAUGAGUGAGAGAAUGCUGAGUGAUGAGAUAUGGUGCGAAAGAGAUAUUAAUCCUUUCGUGACUGUGCCCUUAGUGUUGAGAGUGUUCUUUUUUUUUUUACAUAUAUAUAUAUAUAUGUGUAUUUUAUAUAUAUAUGUAUAUAUAUAUAUAUAUGUAAGUCAAAAUAACUUUUGUGAUAUGGAAGGAAAUAUGUGUACGAAUAUUUAAGUACAGUUGAUGGAAGUAUUGUAAUGAGAUCAUAAAAUUUGAUUACGUAUUAAUCCUCUAUAACAUUUUGUAAUUUGGAAUUCAGUAACCAUGUAUAAGAUAUUUCUUAUUUAUUGUUGUAUCUUAUAAAUAUAUUACAAUAAUGAUUUGUUUAUAUCAUUUAUUGGUUUCAAGAUUUCAAACCAAAAACUUAUAAUUAGUUAAUUAUAUUCUUUUUAUAAAUAAACAAGUUAUAGAGGGUUAAUAGUCAAAGUUCGAGUUUUGCUCAGGAUUGUAUAAUGUCAAUAUAGAGUUAUUUUUUUUUAAAUAGUAUGUUUAAAAAAAUUUUGUACAUAUAGUUUAGAAAACAGGUUCUAUAAAUAUGUUAUUUUUAAUAUAUAUAGAUUAAUACAUGUAUGUAGAAAUUACAAUUCUGCAAUGUUGCAUCUACAUAUAAUUUCGUAAUUCUAAAUGGCAAUUGUAUAGCUUUUUUUUUAUAAAAAUAAGUAAAAGUAUAGUUAGAUACUUGAAAAAUAAUUAAUAUUUGGACUUAUUAGAUUAUCUUUUCAUAUCAGAAAUUUACUAUAAAAUAUAAAUAAAUAAAAAAGCUAUCAUUUUUUUUAGAAAUAUUGAAAAUAAAAAUUAAAAAUUAAUAAAAAAUACAGAGCCCAAUUUAAUAUUCCAGAAAUUCUGGAUAUGACCAAUUUUGCCUUAUGAUACUGAAUCAUAACAGUCGUAUAGAUUAUCACUUAAGAGAGUUAUUUUAUGCAAUAUAAAUACAAGAAGGUUAAAGUUAGUUUUAAUUCAAUGUUAAUUGCUUUGUAUCACUAUUAGAUAUCAUGAAAUUAAAGACAAUGUUUCAAUAUUUUGCAUCUGCCAAGGUUUUAUAGCAGUAAAUGACUUAUGCUCGCUUAAAUAACUAUGUAUUAAAAAGAUAGCAAAGCAAGAGGUUAAUAUUUUAAUCUUUAACUUUACCGCAGAAGAAUUCCAUUUAUCUGAAUGCGUCACAUGGACAAAUAGUUCAUAUAAAUGGAGUUCACUUAUAAAUACAGGUUCUCGUUGUCUACAAUUUUUAUCUAUAAAUAAUAAAAUUCAUCGUUUGGAGAGAAAUACAAUUAGUAGGAUUUCAGUUAAUCAGGCAUUAAUCGAAAUCUUAUUUCAAUUGAUGGAAUUCAGAUAAAUAAAAUUCUACUAUAUAAUGCUUCCAUCAACUAUACUUCGUAUAAUUAUGGUGUAAUGCAUAUAAGUGGAAAUAAAAAUAAUUCUAUUAAAGAAAAUAUAUACGUACGAGAUUUAACUCUUGAAAGGCGGAUAAUUUGAUCGACUGCCUGGAUACAUUUGGACUCAUAAUAACAAUAUAUAAUCUGUAUUUUAAAUAAUUUUUAUUAUAUUUGCUUUCUAUGUUUCUAUGUAAAUUAAACAAUUAUUACUCAUCGUUAUUAAUCGAACAGGUUAUUGAAAACCUAAUGUGCGGGGGGCCCAAAAGUAUCGAAGGCACCGCCCAACGAGGGUUAAGUUAAAUGAUCCGAUAUCUAGGGGAGUGAUGAAAGGAUUAAUAGAAACAAAAAAAAAUAAAAAAUAAAAAAUAAAAGGAAACAAAAAAAAAACGAAGAAUGCAAAUAAAAAAGAACGAGAGAACGCGAGAAAAAGAAAAGAGGGCCAAGAUUGAAAAGAGCACAAUUGAUCGUAGCAAUACUACAGAGGCUGUACAUGAUAUUUUUUAGUCCGAGGUAGGUAGUUCCUACCUUCGAAGUUGAAUCGAGGCACUCGAUCAAAAGGAAACUUACAAUUUAAUCCAUCAUUGAAAAAUAAUGGAUAAGUUCAUAGAAAACAAGAGAACGAGAAAGCAGAUAAAAGAAAACGAAAAAAAAAAAAUAAUAUAAAAGAAGACAAUUGUCAAGUUAAGUUCUUCAAGCAGAAACAACUCCUAUUGUUGUAUUUCGUUCGUUUCUCCUCGUAUUGCGCGAUUUUGCGAACCGUGUAUAUUCUCUUUCUGUCCGAUGCGAUUUCCUUUUUUUUUCCACGUUUACAUUGCUGAAAAUCGAUUUUGUCGCGAGCUAUUCAAGAGGGCCUUCACCCUCUCGACGUAUCGAUACACAACGUACUAUUGGUCGUCGAAUUCGGUCGCCGAUCGUUUUUGCUCUUUUUACUGUCCGUUUUGCUGUAUUUUGUAUUGUUCGUGCGCGAUCGUUUUUUUAAACGCUUGCUCAAUUCCCGAUAGUAUUUUUGGACGACGUUUUACGAAAUAAGAGAAAAAUAUCGACAGAAACACGUUUAUUUUUCUCUCAGGUAGUGUGUAUGUGCGCGUUGAUAUGUUCAAGCGAAUAUAAUAGCAAAGAUUUUCCCUCUUUUCUUCUUUCUUUUUAUUUUAUUUUAUUUUUCUUAUUUAAAAUGUCGUCCAGAUGAGAGAAUUUGGAAAUGCACAAAGGAAACGUAGUUUCGUUGAAGCAACAAUAUGAUAAUAAUGACUGUUACAUUAUUCUUCGAUAAUUAUAUAGCGUUUAAAAAUCGUCCUUUUGCGUAUCGCAUUUCACGUUCGUCUAAUUUCAUUGUUGACGACAAGAAAAAAAAAUUUAAUUUUUUUAUCAGAGACAUUUGUCUAUUUUCGUUGUUUAAAAAAAAAACGCAGCACUAAGAACGCGCAAUCUUUGUUCCCAAGACAAAAUAGAAGAAGAAAAGAAAAAAAUAUAUAUGUACGAAUCUUUUCAACCAGAGUGUGUUUUUCAACUGUACCGUGUUCAUUCCGUUUGAUUUUUUUUUUUUUGUAUCAAUUUUAUCUUUCAUGAUAGCUACACAAACAGAAGUAUACAGGAAAGCGGAAGUAACGAAAUAAUACGUCGAAUAGCAAUUGUAGUAGUGAAUAAUGAAAUUUUCUAGUAUACCAUACCUCGAGGACGCGUAAACACUGUACUGUUUAUCGUAUGUAUGCAACAUGCAAAAGCAAAAUAUAUGUGUUGAUGUGUAAUAA